AGUUGCAUGCUUUCCGAAUCCUUUUGGUGAGUUGCUCAUAUAGAAUAUAGUCAAGCCCAAUGUCUGCUCCUGGUCCUUACUAUGGUACACACACUCAACCAAUCUACCAGGCUCCUCCACCACCUCCUCCUCCCCAGUUUGUUUAUAAUCCAUACGACCAGCCAUUAACAGGACAGCCUCAACCUCAGUACUACAGUCAGCCGCAUCAGUAUCACGGUCAGCCUCCCCCACCACCCCCUGAUCAGUACUAUCCUGUUGGAGCUCUGCCACAGAACACUGGAUACCAAUCACAACCACAACUACAGCAACAAAGAAACACUGCUAAUUGUUGUGACUCUGUUACUCAGGGCCUGAUGUGCUGUUGUGCUGGAAUGCUUUGCUACAUGUGUCUGUGUGAUGCAAUGGAUUCUGGUAUGUGCAUGGAAGGAGCAGGAAUGGAUAGUUUUGUUGGUGACGACUGAUAUUAAUAUACUAGUGUUUUAUUUUAUUAUUUAUAAUAAUAAACAAGCUUUUGGUUGGCAGACAGUGUGUCGCUUGUAUUUUUAAAAACUGUUUCUCUCAAUUUAAAGUCA